UUAAGGGUGACAAAAAAGAAGAAGAGAGUUUUUGUUUGUUAGGAAAAAAGAUACAUAAAAGAUAUGGCUAAUAAGUUGUCUAUGGUUUUUAUUUUUCUUGGCUUAUUAGCAAUUAAUAAUGUUUGUACCACAAGAGCUAGAGAAGUGCCUAGUGAGAAAGGACUUGUUGAUCAAAAGAAUUUUGUGGGGUUUGGUGGUGUUGGAGGAUUUAGUGGUGUUGGAAGUAAUGGAUUGCCUAUUGGUGGUGUUGGGGGUGGGGUAGGUGGUGCUGGUGGACUUGGUGGGGUAGGAGGGCUUGGUGGGGUAGGAGGACUUGGUGGGGUAGGGGGUGGUGAUGGUGGAUUAGGUGGGUUGGGUGGUGGUGCUGGUGGACUUGGUGGAUUGGGUGGGUUGGGGGGUGGUGCUGGUGGACUUGGUGGAUUGGGUGGGUUGGGUGGUGGUGUUGGUGGACUUGGUGGUGGAGGGGGGUUGGGUGGUGGUUGUGGACCUUGUAGUGGUGCAAGUCUUCCAAAGCCAUGA